UACAAACAAUUUUUGUAACAGUGCGAAUUAAGUUUCAUGUUUAUGCUAUUAAAAUAUAAGUUAUAACCAUGGAACAUAUGAAUGAGAUAAUUAAAAAGUUUAAUGACACAACAUUCAACAAUCCAGACGCUGUUGAGCUAAAUAAAGUAUAUGAUUUGAUUAGAUCUGCUAGCAAAACGACAUGCGAGAUAGCUUUUCCUACAAACGUUGUUUUAGAAGUUUGCAAAAUCUUCCUAAACAAAGUGUUCGGAUAUUAUGUGGGCGAUAAAGUCGACGAUAAUUCUUUGAAGCAUCACCUGCUCAUCAUCCAUACACUUCUUGCUAUUCCACAAGCCGGACACGAGGAGUGCAUCGCGGGAGUCAUACAUGAGAUCGUCAUGUUGAUUUUCGAUCCAAGCUGCAACUUCUGGUUAUGUCUGCAUUUGGUUAAAUUAGCAAACAAGAUAUUAGUAAUGCAAAAGAACAUGUUUGGAAAGAAGUAUAUUGGCUACGGGGCUAUUGAGAAUUAUCUAUUAUGUAGAUUAAUGGAUCGUCUCUUUACGUGCGGUGAUUACGUGUUGCAAUCUUCGAUUUUGGAACUCCUCUUCAGGCUGAAAAAGGAUAUACAGAAUUUGAAACUCGUUUUUUUCCCGAAAGAUUUCGAUUUGCAGAGAGCUUUGGAUAGAAUCAACUCGGAAACAUUCGAUGUUGAUUGUCGACAUUUCUUGAACACUGUUAAUAAAAGUUCCAAAAAUGUAUUUUCGUUACAAGCCGAAUUUAUUACAGCAGAUGGACGGAGUCUUCUACCACCUUCAGAUUUUAUAAAAUCCGGAGUUGGAGGAAACAGUCACCUAUGGGUAGAUUUCAAUAAAGAUUCCCAUGCUAUAACUAUCAAUGUGUCCUUAAAUUGCAUUGUUCCUAUUAAAUUGAACGAGGAAGACUCUGAUGCAGUUUUAAUAAUUAUCCAAGAACAUGCGAUUGAAAAAUUUUCGAGAAAAAAAUUGAAGAAGGAUGACAUGAAUUUAGACCUGUUGAUAGUUAGUUUAUCUCAUUCUAUUGUGAUUAAUAAUAGUCUAUGUAAAAAAUUUGCGAACAAAUGCAAAUUGUUCAAAAUUGCGUUUAAAUCUAGUACACGUGUAAAUCACUUGCACGAAGAGAUUUUGGGCGAGAUUUUCAAAAAUAAAUGCACCUCGAAAAGUAAUAUUACAUCCUCAUCAAUUGCCCUCAACCGAAAUCCAUUACCCAUCAACGUUAUUAGCAGCAAUUCCAAGUCUAUAUACACAAGUAUUUCUGAAAAAUCUCUGGGUUACUUGAUACAAAAGGAUUCCGAAAAAUUUGAUACGUGCCCGGAAUAUUUAAAUGUAGUAUCUAAUUCUGUUGACUUAAAUAUCCCAAAAGCUAGUAGGAAAAAGCGUGCAACGAUAAGAAAUUCUAGACAUCGAAAAAUGUCAAUUUUAGAUUCGAUUUCCGAAGACGAAGAGUACCAUAGUCAGCACUUAAUUCACUCCACUAUGAAAUCGGGACUGGUAAUGGUCUCUACGUCCGUGAACUUCUCUGAUGUUACUUCAAUUCACAGCGAUUCAAAUAAAGGAAACUUUGAUAGUCGCAGUAUAGAUGCUAAAAAUUCUGCUUGUAGUUCAAGAUCCGAUAAAGAAAUAGGUGGAAAUCGUUGCGAAAAUCACGUUAAUGAACCUAUACCUUCUGACUGUUUACAAACUAUGAUUCAACUUCCAACUGUAGAUCAAGUUCAAACUGUGGAAAAAGUUCAAGUUCCAGCUUCUAAUUCACGGUUAUUAGCAUCUAAGACUAAUUCUGAGGCAAGCAAAAUCAGUCAAGGAAGUAGGUACAACACGAGAUCGAAGAAUAAGCUAGCUUCUGCAAUUGUUAUUCUUGAAAAUAUGAAAUUGCCUAUAAAAAAAGAUACGUAUGAUAUGUACAGUAAGACACGAAAAGUUAGUCUUUCGUUACGUAAAAGGUCGAGCGGUAGACUGUCUUUGCCAGAAGAGGAAAAAUUCAUUAGGACCCCUGAACCGGUUUCAGCAACUAAUCAUGAUUUACCGGAAGAGAACGAAGUCAAAACAUCGACUUUAACAACAAAGAACGAACAAAGGAUAAAAAAUACUGAACAGCAUAAAAAAAAUGUACAGAAUAAUUUGAAAGACUUAAUGCAAAAUAAGUUACUACAAAUAUGUACAAAUUCAAAUGAAAAUGAUAAAUCCAGAGAUUGUAGGAAUGAUCAUGUUUUUCCAAAAUUGAGCAGACAAUCAAACUAUGAGCGUGAUAUGAAGAAUGUUGAAUCAAAAAAACAUACAUUUGCUACUGAUAAAAUAAAUACGUAUGAGGAUCAAAAUAAAAGUGAACAAAACAUACCAAAUUCUGUAUCAAAUAAUACGAGUGAAACUAUUCCUCAGUCGCCAUCUUCUUCAUCUUCGAAGACUAUUGUUGAAGAACCUAAAAUAGUUGAAAAUAUUAAAAAAGUUGAUGUUAUUAUGGAUGAUUUGGGUAUUACAGAUGACUACAGAAAUAAUAGCUGUAAUUAUUCAAAUAUAGAACGAAGUCGAGACGAUAACGUUAAAGAUUGCGAAAAAGUUAAAGUAUUUGCUAAAACACCUGAGGUUGCAGGAUCUUCAAAAGGAAUUAAUAGACAAUCAAUAAAACUUAAUUCCCAUGAGAAAUCACAACUUACGAAAAAGUCAGCAACAAAUGUACCUGAAAAAGUUAAACCACUUAUGCCGAAUGAAAAACAAACUCUACCAGGGAAUAUGAAACAAGCUACUUCCCAUAAAAAUAUAUUUUUUAAUCAAUUCAAUGCAGAUGAGGAAGAGGUAAUUCAAAACACUGCUUACGAAACUUUGGCAGAAAAUCCAUCUAGUAAGAGUCGUAAGAGAGGAAGUAAGAAUAAACCUGUGCAAGAAUCUUCUAAGGAAAAUGUUGAUUUAAAUCAAUCUAUUAUAAAAUCCGUGAUUAUAGAAAAUUAUCAAGAAAUUUCAUCACUAGCGGAUGAAGUUUGGAGUCAAGCGGAUGUAAAGACUAAAAAAAAACAAUCCAGACAAAAUAAAAAGAUUUCAAAAACCGGAGAAAAACAACAAUCUUCUAAACAGAGAAUUCGUGACUUAAAACCAUCUGAUGUAAAGAAGAGUAAGGUAGCUAAUAGUGAAGCAACUAGCCUAGGCGCCAACAGUUCUCUUAAGACUUUUAAUGCAAAAAGACAGAAGUCUCCAGAACCAAUGGGUCGUGUAGAUAAGUUAAAAUCAAUGAAAUCUUCAGAAAAUAGAAAUGCCGAUUUGGUUUUUGAGAAGAGUAAUGUCAUGAACUUUGAUCGUUCGACGAAUACAAGUCACAAGUCGUGCGCAAUUUCUUCGGCAGACUUCGCCAAAAACUACACGAAAUUACUGCAGGAAAGAAGUCAAAUAAACGAAAAUUUAUUUAAGAGGCGAAAAAGCCAAUCUGUAUCUGAAAUAACGAAAAAAUCUACUAAGCGCAGGAAGCUUUACAAUCUACACGAUAAUCAAAUCCCAGCAGAUAAACCACUCAGUGAGUGCCAUGAGGAAGAGGAGAUAAAUGAGUUAACCCAGGAAGAGUUGGAUUCUAAAAACUAUCUAUUCAACAAACUCAUCAGUGGCGAUGAUUCACAGACGAGUGCAAAAUUCCAAAAACCUAGUACUGAACAAGAUGAGGGCAGAACAAUUCAACAUAUUGGCCAAAAAAAUAAUCGUCCAGUGAGAAGCUAUGCGAAUCAUAAAGUGGAUCGAAAAAUUGAAAUGUCGAAUUGCAAUAAAAAGAUGGACGGAAUGAUCAGCAAAAAAUACGUACGCAGGAGGAAAAAUGUGAAGAACAAUUCCACCAUCCCGAUAAAUUCGAUUGUGACCCAAAAGGAGGGUGAUCUAUUCGAUAAGUUAUGCCAAACAAAUGUUUCAGAACAAGGUACAUCAAUUAGAAAGCCCAAUAACACACAUAUUCAUAAGUAUGAAAUCAUGUUUUCGAAAAUGAUGAGAAGCUUUGCAUCAACUGAAAAAUUAAUGAUAAAAUUCUAUGAUACAGUUCAGAACGACAAAUUGCUGUCCAAUAUGUAAAAAUAAAAUAUAUAAUAGAACCUUAAUUUUAUAUUGUUAUUGUUUAUUUAAU